AUGCCUUAUGCUGACUGGUGCCCGCAUUGCGUGAGGUUCAGAGCUAAAGCAGAUAAGCAUGUGCGUGCAAAGCCAGAUGUGCGUGAGGAUUCCGUGUGCUGCAUGGAUUUUGCAAAAACUGGUAGGCGCACUCCUGCCCAGUUUGAAGGCCACACGCAAGAGAAACUUGUGGUGCUGGUGUUGAAGGAUUCACACACUGGUGCAGUCCAUGCCAUUCCGACACCUGCCAAGGGUGGCACAAUCGCUUUCAAGUACCUUGUUGCCGAAACUUGCGGAUUCUUGAACUACUGUGGCCACCAAACAUGCACCAUAAGGUCAGACUCAGAGCCGGCCUGCCUGGCCCUGCAACGAGGCAUCAAGGCCUUCCGCAGCAAAAUGGGCCUCCAGACCCAUCUUGAGCAGACGGAGGCGAGUGAUCAUCAGGGCAACGAGGCCGAGCAGAGCAUAGACGGCAUCAGACAACUGGCAGGAUGCAUCUUGGACCAAUUUGAAGAGCGGGCAGAGACCACAAUCGGGUCCAGUCACCCGAUGCACGCCUAUGCUUGGCGCCACGCCGCGUGGUUGCACAUGCGGAUGUCCAGGCAAAAUGAUCUAAGUGCUUUUCACGUGAUCAAUGGGCGGCCGUACCUAGGCAAAUUGGUGUGUUUUGGGGAGACAGUGUUUGCCCGUGUCAAAAGACAAGUUGGCCAAGCCCGCAAACAGAAGACUCAGGCAGAGGCGUUGAGCGCAGGCGGGGAAGAGGCAGGAGAGGCGGCACAUGAGCAAGUGGCCGAAGUGCCGUCGCAGCAGGGAGCAUCAGAGCAUCCCAUGCCCUUUCCAGAACACUUGUUGCCUGACGAUGCCAUGCUUUCGGAGCUUGUGCCACGAGUCGUGAGGCAUGCCGCUGAGCACGCAGGCGGGGAUGCACCAGCCCGGAAGAAGCUGAGGCUUGAUGCUUUGCAAGUUAGUGCACAUGAUGCAGAAAUGUUCCAUCUUGAUAAAUCCAUUGAGUUGGUAGACGAGAGUGCAGAGCAAUUUCUUGAUUGCGAAGACCAGGAUGACAAUCAAAGUGAGCAGAACAGCCUGGUUCUGAAACUUACCCUGACGAAGGAACUGAAGGAUGACAUAGAGAAUGGCAAGUAUGAAGAAGGUUGGUUUUAUCUCACCGACGGACGGCCAGUGAGAAUCGACUGGGACGUGAACACGACGUACAGCCUUGGACGAGACGAAGGAAAAGCGUUCAAUUACAGAACCGCGCUGAGAACAAGAUAUGAAGAAGAGCAAAUAGUCUGGGAAGAAAUGGAAUUUUAUGAGUGUGCCGAGGAGUGGAGAGACAAAGGCACAAUGGUCAUAGUACCAGAGAUCGAGAAGGCAGUGGUCAUCACGAUCAUGGAAAGAUUUCCGAGAAGUGUCGAAGAUUAA